AUGCCUGACAAACACAAACUCAAGGUGUUUAGCCACUUCAAGCAGUCCUCGUCUCUCGAGGACUUGACACCUUCGACAUCCAACCAUUCACAUUCCAGAAAGUCGUUUCUCGGGUUCCAUAUUGGAAAACACGAGUCCCAAGACUCGCUUUCGUCCCCUACCUUGACCAAUUCUGGCGACCACCACCACCACCACACCCACCAUGCUCCUCAGCAGCAACUCCACUCCAACCACCAUUCCAGCGACAACUUGAGCGGACGUCCUGUCCAAUCCAAUGAAAUCAAUCCACAGCGCCAAACGCCAAGCCCAAGUUUGAACCAGUCUCCCAACCCUCCUCACAUACAUGCAUCUACUCCCAUUCAAUCCCCACAACCAAUACAUCAUACGCUUAACAAGGAAGAUUCAAACCACACAUUCAUGAAGUCGAACUCCAUGGCAGAGUUGAAGCGGUUUUUCAAACCCACCAAGAAGAACUCCAUUUCCAGAAAACAGGACCACCAACAGUACAAUAACAACCUACACACUCCCCCAGCCAUGGCUUCUUCACCCGCUGGAACUGGAAGCCCAGCCAACGCCAACCUUUCACCAAGUCGAGACCAUUCGUCUACAUCGUUGGCCACUCUUAUUAACCAAACAUCUUCCCAAUUCCUUCACAAUGCUACAAAUGGGUCACAUCUGUCUCUGAAUAAAGACCCCUUCACUGAUGAAAACUCGCAUUUGGUGAAGAAAUACGGAAAGAUUGGUAAAGAAUUGGGAAGCGGUGCUGGCGGUUCCGUGAAAUUGAUUGUACGUCCCUCAGAUGGUAAGACUUUUGCUGUGAAAGAAUUUAGACCAAGAAGAUCCACCGAAUCUCUCAAGGAUUAUACAAGAAAGUGUACCGCAGAAUAUUGUAUUGGUUCUACCCUCAAACAUCCUAAUAUCAUCAAGACUAUUGAUAUCAUUCUUGAGAACAAUAGAUAUUUUGAAGUUAUGGAGUAUGCUCCUAUAGAUUUCUUCGCGGUAGUCAUGAGUGGGAAAAUGUCUAGACAGGAAAUAAAUUGCUGCUUGAAGCAAAUAAUUAACGGUGUUGCAUAUUUACAUGGCCUCGGCUUGGCCCAUCGAGAUUUGAAAUUGGAUAACUGUGUGAUAACAACCGACGGAAUCCUCAAAAUUAUCGAUUUCGGAAGUGCAGUAAUCUUCAAAUAUCCAUAUGAUCAAUAUGGCAAUUCCAAAGAUAGCAUUCACUAUUGUCAUGGUAUUGUUGGCUCCGAUCCGUAUCUUGCUCCAGAAGUUUUGAAAAGCUCGAACUCUUAUAACCCCCAACCUGUUGAUUUGUGGUCUAUUGCAAUCAUUUAUUGUUGCAUGACCUUAAAGAGAUUUCCUUGGAAAAUUCCUAACCCAGAAAAAGAUAAUAGUUUCAAACUAUUCUCAGAGCCCGACGAUAAUUGGCACGACUACUACUUGAGUAACGAGUGUCAUAAACUAUUGCUCGAGCAAAGAAAAUUAAAGAAUACCAUAGUCAGACUGAACAAAAAGAAAAAAUUAAUCGAGGAACAGGAGCAUGAAGGAGAAGAGGGCCACGAAGAGCCGCAAGAAGCCAAACACGAAGAAGACCACAACAUGGAUGGCGAAGAGGAGAAAGAGGAGAAGACCAAGAAGAAUCUUGAAAAUGUCGAGAUAUUAACUGAAGAACAAGUUCAAGGUAUUUUGAACCAGUUGAAGGAGAUUGAUAAUCAGUUAGAACAAUAUGAAAAUACCAAAAAUGAAAUGAAAGCUAAGUUUAAUGAAGUGAAGAAACACGAGCUUCUUCAUAAUCCAACACAUGAAACGCAUGUGGAAGCAGACAAGGAUUCACCUAAGAAAAAAUCGUCGCACAAACAAAUACAUGGGCCAUACAGAUUGAUGAGGUUAUUACCUCACGCUUCCAGACCUAUCAUCCAUAAGAUGUUGCAAAUUGAUCCUACUAAGAGAGCAACCUUGGAUGAAAUUCUUCAAGAUGAGUGGAUCAAGGAAAUCAACUGUUGCACAUUAAAGAGAGUGGCCAGAAGUAUGGAUAACGUAGGAAUGGGCUUUGAUGAAGACGAGGAUGAUGUUUUGAUUAAGGGAACUCCCGUACACGAACACACUAUUGUUGACUCCAACCAGUAA